AUGGGGGGGUGGAGGCGCGUGCGCGAAGCCGAGGAGGCGGGGCGCCCAGGCAGGCCCCGGGGACAGAGGCGGCGACGGCGGCGGCUGAGGCGGAGGAGGGUGGGGGUGCCGCUGGGGGCCGGGCUGGUGUUUACACAGCGGAGGCGAGCGGGGGUGGCCGGGAGCGGACACAAGAGCCCGAGCGGCGGCGGCGGCGGCGGCACGAUGGUCAUGGCGCAUUUCGUCGAGAGUUUCUGGGGGGAAAGAAAUAGUGGCUUUGAUGUACUCUACCAUAACAUGAAACAUGGACAGAUAUCAACAAAGGAACUCGCCGAUUUUGUAAGAGAAAGGGCUACAAUAGAAGAGGCAUAUUCACGGUCAAUGACAAAACUAGCAAAAUCAGCAAGCAAUUAUACACAACUUGGAACAUUUGCACCUGUGUGGGAUGUAUUUAAGUCGUCAACAGAAAAAUUAGCAAGCUGCCACUUGGAACUUGUUCGAAAGUUACAAGAACUAAUAAAGGAAGUGCAGAAGUAUGGAGAAGAACAAUUAAAAUCUCACAAAAAGACUAAGGAGGAAGUUGCAGGAACUCUAGAAGCUGUACAAAAUAUUCAGAGUAUAACUCAGGCCCUCCAGAAAUCCAAGGAAAAUUACAAUGCCAAAUGUCUAGAACAAGAACGUUUGAAAAAAGAAGGAGCUACACAGAGAGAAAUAGAAAAGGCGGCUAUUAAAUCUAAGAAAGCUACAGAUACCUAUAAGCUGUAUGUGGAAAAGUAUGCAACAGCCAAAUCUGAUUUUGAACAGAAAAUGACAGAAACGGCACAGAAGUUUCAAGAUAUUGAAGAGACUCACCUCAUUCAUAUAAAAGAGAUUAUAGAAUCUUUGUCAAAGGCUAUACAGGAAAUUCACUUACAGAUAGGCCAGAUACAUGAAGAAUUUAUAAACAACAUUGCAAACACCACGGUUGAAGGUUUAAUACAGAAAUUUGCUGAGUCAAAAGGCACUGGGAAGGAAAGACCUGGCCUUAUCGAAUUUGAAGAAUGUGAUGCUGCUAGUGUAGCUGAAGGGAUAAAGCCAAGAAAAAGAAAGACUUUUGCUUUGUCAGGAAUAAUUAAGAAGGAAAAGGAUGCAGAAUCAGUGGAAUGCCCAGAUGCAGAUUCAGUUAACAUUCCUGAUGUAGAUGAGGAAGGCUAUAGUAUUAAACCAGAAGCAAAUCAGAAUGAUACCAAAGAGAACCAUUUCUACUCAUCCAGUGGUUCUGACUCUGACGAUGAAGAACCAAAGAGGUACCGCAUAGAAAUCAAGCCUGUGCGUCCCGACAGCCCCCGUCGUACAGUGGCUUCUUUGGACGAGUUGAGAGUGUCCAUUGGGAACAUAAGUCUUUCACCGGCAACAUCAAGACACAGUCCAGUACAAAUGAACAGGAAUUCAUCUAGUGAAGAGUUAACAAAAUCAAAGCUUUCUGCUUCAUCCAAUGAGAAGGGGAACAGUGACUUACUUGCAUGGGACCCACUGUUUGGACCAUCUCUUGAUGCAUCUAACUCAACACAAUUGACAUCAGCCAGGCCUACAACUCCUCUUUCUGCAGGCACCAUUGUCCCACCUCCAAGACCUACUUCCAGACCAAAGCUUACUUCGGGCAAGCUCAGUGGGAUUAAUGAAAUACCCAGGCCAUUUAGCCCACCAGUGACUUCUAAUACCAGUCCACCUCCUGCAGCCCCUUUAGCACGGGCAGAAAGCACCUCCUCCAUAUCCUCAUCUGCUUCACUGAGUGCAGCAAAUACACCAACAAUAGGUGUUUCACGUGGUCCCAGCCCUGUCAGCCUUGGAAAUCAGGACACCUUACCUGUUGCAGUAGCCCUAACAGAAUCUGUUAAUGCCUACUUUAAAGGAGCAGAUCCCACUAAGUGUAUCGUAAAGAUUACUGGUGACAUGACAGUGUCAUUUCCAAGUGGAAUUAUUAAAGUGUUCACUAGCAAUCCCACUCCAGCUGUACUCUGCUUCAGGGUUAAAAAUACAAGCAAGCUAGAGCAGAUUCUUCCAAAUGCACAACUCAUAUUCAGUGAUCCAUCACAGUGUGAUUCCAGUGCAAAAGAUUUCUGGAUGAACAUGCAAGCUGUCACUGUCUACCUCAAAAAGCUGGCUGAGCAAAAUCCAUCUGCUUCCUAUUAUAAUGUGGAUGUGUUAAAGUAUCAGGUGUCAUCAAAUGGUAUCCAGUCAACUCCUUUGAACCUUGCAACUUACUGGAAAUGUAAUGCCAGCACUACAGAUGUCAGAGUGGAUUAUAAGUACAACCCAGAGGCUAUGAUUGCACCAAGUGUGCUUUCCAACAUACAGGUGGUAGUACCAGUGGAUGGAGGUGUCACAAACAUGCAGUCACUUCCCCCUGCAAUAUGGAACACAGAACAAAUGAAAGCUUAUUGGAAGUUGUCAAGCAUUUCAGAAAAAUCAGAAAAUGGAGGUUCUGGAUCUCUCAGAGCAAAGUUUGAUCUUUCAGAAGGACCCAGUAAACCUACAACACUUGCAGUACAAUUCAUUAGUGAGGGAAGCACCUUAUCAGGUGCUGACAUUGAGCUUGUAGGCACUGGCUAUAGGCUGUCCUUAAUAAAGAAACGAUUUGCUACUGGACGAUACCUGGCAGAUUGCUGACGCCCCUGUGAAAAUUGUUGGAUCAAGGGAGUACAAACCUGCUCUUCUGCAUUAACUGUACCUUCCAAACACUAUCUUAACAUGUAUUCAAUCUAUUUUUAUCUUUGACCUAUUUUGGAGCUGACUACAAAACCUAAAAAUGCACUUUUAAAGUAAGUCAUUUGAAAGGAAUAGCACUGAAGUGAUCUUCAACACUGUAAAUGAUCAAUAUUCAGGAAAUACAUUUAUUCAAAUAGUGAAAUGAAAUUUAUAUAGGCUGAAAGUCAAAAUAACCAGUUGCUGUAUUAGAAAAAAAGCAUGUUAUGGCUUAAACAUCAAACUUAAAAAUUGAAGGAGAGCAAGCACAAAAUGUUUUUAGCUUUCCAUAAAUUCUAAAUUCCAAGGUAGUUUUGCAGGUUCAUCUGUUUGAUGUUGGAUGCAAGCAGAACAGGAAUGCAAAGUUUGGGAUACUGUCAACUUAACCCACUCAGUCACAUUGUGUCUAUGUGCCAUCAGAGAAUCGGCUCAGAGUUAGAACAUGCAAAAAAGGAUAAUUUGGUUCCCAUAUAACAUAUAUUAAUAAAAUGUAAAUGGUGUUUUAUAUAAGAUUUUUAAAAAAAUCCUCAAGUGCAAUGUGUUUAAAAAUAAGCUUGCAAAGGACAGCAGAGAGACUUACUUCUGCAGUUAAUUAACUUUAUGGAAGUUGUGAUUGUUUUGAUGAAUUAAUGCUGUAGAUUUAAUUUAUUUUUAUAUGAAUUGCAUAACGUGUGCCUUUUAAAAAACAACAGAACUGUGCCUGUCCACUUUGUGUUUAUUAAUGUGCCUCACUUCCUUUCUCAAAGUCUGGAUCUUCCAUUCAGUAACUAAGGAUGGUUAAAUUUCUUCAUAUAAAAUGCAUACGGUUUAUAGUCCCUUUGAGAUACAGAAGAGAAAUUAGGGUAACUGGAGGAUGCUCUUUAGUUGCAUUUUAAAAUACUGGAUUACUUCUUUGUGGGGUAAUUGCAAUAAAUGUAGCUACUGUAAAGGGAAAUACCUGAUGCAGAAUUUUUAAUAUGCUCACAGAAAAAAAAUACCUUCAAAUAUUUAAUUCUAACCUCACCAAAGAUGUGUGAAUUUUAAAACAUUCUGGAAAAGAUAACCAUGUAACUGAUUUUUAAACUGUAAAUUUAGUAUUUCCCUUUACUUUUUGUUCAUUAUUCGAGACUUAAGUGUUCAUUGGCUGUGUGCUGUGAGCAUAAAUGUACUAUUUGUGAGGAAUAGCAUUUUAGAAAGGCUAAUCUCUGGCAGCAGAUGGAAGAGUACUGCCAUUUGUGUUCAUUUUAAGCAGGUGGAAAAAAUUGCUCAAUUAGUAUAUUGUUAAUUGCCACACAGUAAAAAUAGGGUUUGGAGUGAUGCAUUUGCUUAAUGUUUCUAAAAUAAGCUACUAACUCUGAUAGCACAAAAACUAGCAGAUUUACAAACAAUGCCUGAUCAAAUGUAAAUGUAAAUGAAAUGAUAUAUAAUACUGAAAACCAAUGUCCUUCAUUUUACAUAGUAGAAGCAAUAAUAUAUUGUGUUGUGUGCAAUUUUUAUAAAACCACUAAUUGGUCAGUUAUGCUUUACAGAAAUUAAGACCCAUAUUAGCAGACAUUUAUGUAAAUUCUUGUUACACACUAAAUACAGCAAAAAUGGAACACCUCACCGUUAAAUAAUAUAUGUGCUUUUUUCUGUACAUUUGCUAUUAGAACAAUUUUGAAAUAGAUUUGACUGAAGCAAUACACAUCUAUCAUUUGCUGAAAUGUUAAUCUUUGCUAAAUGGUGAGCAUAGAUAACAUAGACUUUCUAACUCCUCUUGUGCUACUUUAGAUGCCAGUUAUGGUCUCUUACUGGAAUCUGCCUUGCUGUCGAACUGCUUACUUGGGCAGUUAACAUUUUAUUAUUGGAAUCCAGACAUUAUUUUAUUUGCCAUGUUUGUUUUAAUCAAGUAUUGCUUAAAAGUUCUAAAUUAAUGGAAUGGUUAAGUUUCAUUACAUUUAAACUACCAGAGUCUUCAUCCCAUGUGUUGACACACGGAUUUGUAUUGGGUGCAGGUUACAAUUUUGAAGCCAUACAAGUGUAUAUUGAUUUUUCGCUGUUAAAAGCCCAUUAAUGGUGUCAAAAUGCCAGUAGAUAUCCAUUGAGAAAUGUAUUUAGCAAGCUGGUCCUUGCUCUUAUAUACAAUGCUAUACUUUGUAACUUCGUCUUAACCAAGAAUUUGUAAACACAGAACUCUUAAUGAAUCUGAGUUUUUAUGGAUUGUUACUACUUUGGGUUGUAAUUAGAACAAUACAAAUCUAUCUUACAAAAAUUUGUAAAUAUUUUUGAUUUUUUUCAUAUAAUGUAAAUUUUACAUAAAAGUUGCACCCUUAA